AUGCCGUCGUGGUUUACGCAAAAUUUGCAAAGGCGGCUGCUCUUAUACUUUCUUCAGAAGGUUUCACUUUUUUCGCAAGUUGAUAUAUCGGCUUUAGAUGUCUCUCUGGGGUCAAGUUCCAAUUUCACGUUCCAUGAUCUGGACUUAGAUGUCGAAAACAUUGAAAUUCCAGACAUAUCGGUCAGAAGUGGGUUUUUAAAACAACUAGAACUGCGACUGACCGUAAGCGGAGGCCUGAAUGUAGAAGGCUCAGGAGUAUCUUUUGUAGUCAAGCCAAACCUCUCAAAAGCUGCUGAUGCUCAUGCUGCCAGUUUCUCUCUCUCGAAAACUGUUUACGACCUAACAAGCUCCGUAAUGCAGCUUGACGGGGGUAAGGACAAUGUAUUCGAAGAGGAAUCUGCGGCAGAUGAGACUAACAGCGAAUUGGACAGUCAGAGCCAAGAUUCAGGCGGUACUGGCUCACCGUCUGUACUGCAGGCCAUGCGCAACAAAGCGAUAGGGGUUAUAUUAUCCAAGCUUUCCAUUAUACUUAGAGAUGUCAGCUUUAAGUUUGUAUUUGCGCAAAAUACAAUCCUAGAGCUUAAGCUGGAAGAAGUUAUUUGCAUAUCUAGUAGCGAUACUCGCGAAGUCAAGAUUUCUGGAAUCCGCCUAUGCACUACCCAAAAUGCCGAAAAGUCUGACGAGGAAGGUAUCAAUCCCAAUCCAGACUCUCCUUUAUCAGAUUCGCUGCUCUAUUCUAAAGGGGAAGCAACUUCCCUAUAUAUGAGCGCAAUUCAAAGCAUGCAGGAGACAGAUGACAAAAGUGGCAUAGAUUUCCAAGGCAAGGACAUACUUGACAUUAACUUUGUUCAUGUCUCAUUCGAAGGCUUCACCUCUAUCGAAGACAUUACUCUGAAGAAUGCAGUGGUUGAAUUUGAUAUGUGUAAGUUGGACAUUGCGGCAUUGUUGACUCUCAGUGAUCCUAUACUUUUGCCUAUCAUUCAUUUUAUCAUUGAUAGAACGAAGGAAUCUAACCAUAAUAGAGCGACACAAACUCCUCAGCAUCUUCAGAAUUAUAAACGGUUCCGCGAGGAGCAGGAUCUUCACGAUGAACUCCAAUUUUCUCGACUCAUUGGCUCUCAACUAAUACUAAUCUUGUCAGAUGUAUUAGAACUCACCAUUGAAGAAAUCUGCAUAUCAGCAAAUGGUAGUGAACUGUUAGGGAUUACAGUCAGCGAUAUUGGGAUAACUCAUAACGGAUCUAACAUCUUUACAGCUGUUGAACAGCGGGAUGUACCCCUCAUCGAAUCUUCUUUUGAUUUAAGCGAAAAUCACAUUACCACAAAGAUCAAUAAGCCCCUUCUCUUACGACUAAACUCUGAUACUCUUUUUGAUAUUAUCAACAGCUCUUACAAUGUGAGCAAAUGUUUAGAAUCUUGGAACCAAAGUAUUUCCAAGAAAGGUAAGAAAGGAAAAGCUGCGACAACUUCUCUAAAAAUUGCACUUACCAGUAGUCCUUUAGAAGUUGAAAUGGAGGUGAGCGACCAAGUGCUUCGGAUGGUCCUCUGUGAGUAUUCAUUCUCGUUGCCCUCCCAAGUCUUCAAGACCCAAAUGAUCAGCUUUGAAAUUGAGAGUAAAGGUGAGUACACACAGCUGAUGAAAGUUUCGAAUAUUGACGUGAAGCGACUUUCGUAUCCUGCUCAGCAUGAAGCAUUCAAUCAUUGCUUUGACGAGGUAAUGGUGUGCUCCAAGCUAGACGCGUCCAUUGAAUGUCUUGAGUUUUCGGUUCCAGUAGAGGUGGUUGAAAAUGUUGUUUCUCAAAUGAUGCCUAUUUUCGAACAAAUAUCCAUUCUUGCCGCCGUUCACGGUUCAACAAAGGGAACGCGUCAGAAAUCACAAAGGCAUAUGCGGAGAAGCGUUCGAAUUAUGGGAACUUCGUCAAUCAUCAGUAAACAUAGUUCAGCAGUAUAUUGCUUCCUUCAUAUCGGAAAUGUUGAAGGAUACAUCACCAAAUUUUUAGAGAGCGCAUUUGGAAAUAUUUGGUGUAAUCUGGGACCUUGCUCUUUGUACAUCAACGAAGACAAAACAUUUACUAUCUACGCAAAGGAUUUUGGCUUAACAAGGCAGCAAGGCAAUCAAAGCGAGAUUCUGGUUGAGGCACUGCAGCCAAGCCAGCCAUCUAAGCCGGUGCUUACAGUUCACAAAAAGCUCACUGGAAAGGUAUGCUGUGCUUUCAGGUCAAUUGCAUUCCAUUAUAAUGCCAGGUGGCUAGAUCUCUUUCAGCAUGAAGGGAAUGAGUCGUCAUUGAAGGAAAGUAAAAUAAUCGACAAGGAAGUGGAAAACAAAUUUUUGGAAUUUAAAUUCACAGAAUGCGCAAUUCGUCUUAGUCCAUACCGCCUAAAGACGCAAUUACUUUUUAUAUUAGGCAAAUGUGCGCUAGAGAUUGGAAUACCCCAACUGAAUGCCAAGGGUACGCUAAGAUCAAUAUCGAUUCUACUUAUUGAUGAUACUGCCAACUUUAGAAAUGUUCCGAUCCCAGGUGCUCUUGAUCUCCACUCUUUUUACACUGAAAGUGGUUUUGCAAAUAUUGGCAAACUAGACAAAUCCCAGUUUGAUGUUUCCAAACGAUCAAGCGGGUUGCACGUAGGUUUCCAAAUGGGAACUGUCUCUUUAUCGUUGUGUGCUGACUCCAUACAGGCAUUGACUCAAACUUUCCUUGAUUUAGGAAUACCUCUGACCUUCGCUGAUGACAAAAAAUAUAUGACAAAGAUACCGCAGGUUGAGGUUUUUCAAGAGGUGGAUAAUGAGUUCUUUACGAAACAUAAGUUCCAGUCAAAGCCUUCUAAUGGUGGCAACGAAGUGAUAUUAACACUGGAUGAUUUCAUUGAUAGAGCACCCGCUGAAACGAAAUAUAUGGAACGUGCCACAACAGUCAGGAGCCAAAAUUCUGAACAUGGUGGUCAAAUUACUCUCGCAGCGCAGGACAAUUAUUUCACAGAUAAGAAAGACAGUCCAGGGCCCCAGACUAGGGCCAAUGACUCAAUAAUUAGCAUUGAGAUAGAACUGACCCUUGAACUGGCCACUUUGAAAUUGUAUGAUGGAUAUGACUGGAUGUAUACAAGAAAGUCAAUUUCAGAUCUCCUAAAUCAGAUUGAAACCGUUUUGAUCAAGCAAAAACCUGCUCAAACACAACCUCUCAAGGCCUCUGUAUUUGAUUCGAUUUAUUUGUUUGCUGGGGUAGACACAGACGCAGAUACAUUACGACAGCAAAUUAAUCAGGACCUGCAGAGCGAACCAAAUAUUUCGUUCAAGAGCUCGUCAAAGAAACCAAAACUUCGCCCUUCUAAGACUUUCAAGGCAACUAUCGAGCUAUCUAACCUUAAGUCAACUGUGCUGCGUUAUAAUGUCGAUGAUCCAACAGAAUCCACGUCUGACAUGUCAACGGAUAUCUUGAACGAGGUUGAACUCUCUGUAGAAAACUUCGAAGUAAUUGACAAUGUUCCGACGUCCACAUGGAACAAACUCGCUACUUUCUGGAGAGAAGAACCACGGGCAAGAGGAUCAGAUAUGCUUUCAGUAAGCAUAAAGACUGUGAAACCCAUUGACUUCUUGGCUGCUACGGAGCUUAUUAUGGACGUUAAGGUUUUACCUCUGCGUCUGCAUAUUGAUCAAGACACUCUGGACUUUCUGACGCGUUUUUUUGAGUUCAAGGAUUCGAGAUUUGAACUGAUAGAUGAAUAUCCUGAUUUUGUCUACAUUCAAAAGCUUGAGGUAGGAGCUGUUAACAUAAAGAUGGACUACAAACCAAAGACUGUCGAUUAUUCUGGUUUGAAGUCUGGACAUACAAGUGAGUUCAUGAAUUUUUUUAUUUUAGAAGGGUCUAAACUUAAACUGCGUCACGUUGUGGUUUAUGGCGUGAAUGGGUUUCCCGAGCUCAACAAGAUAUUGAAUGGCAUCUGGAUGCCUGAUAUUACGGGCCACCAAUUGAAAGGUAUACUUAGCGGAGUGGCUCCGAUGAAAACGGCUGUUACAUUGGGUUCUGGUGUUAAAGCUCUGAUUACAACUCCAUUGAAGGAAUAUAAACGCGAUCAAAACCUUGGUAGAGGUGUACAAAAAGGUACGCAAGUGUUCAUAAAAAUCACAAGUGGGGAGUUUAUCCGGUUGGGUGUCAAGCUGGCUUCUGGCACGCAGGCUGUGCUGGAAAAUGCGGAGGAGCUUAUGGGAGGAAUAGGGUCACAGGGACGAGGUUUCAACCACAAAGACUUUGAGGUUGAUGUUGUCUCUGAACAGACUUUUAAACAAUACGAAAAGCUGGUCGGUGGACGAAAUCCUAUCAAAAGUGAAGAAGAACUAGAAGCUUUAAUUGUAGAGCCAGGUGCGACCGAAAAAGAUGCACCUAGAAUAUUCAGUCUUUACGCCGACCAGCCCACAUCCUUGAAGCAAGGCCUGAAGGAAGCUCGGGGAUCAUUCGGAAACAAUGUUCAGUUGGCUUAUGACGCUGUGCGGAAAGCACAGAGAGAAAUCAGAGAGACGAAUAAUGUGCAUGGAACGGCUUCUUCCCUAGCUCGGGUGGUUCCUGUAGCACUUCUGCGCCCUAUUAUAGGUGCUACAGAAGCGCUUUCCAAAGCGUUGCAAGGAAUCUCUAAUGGCAUUGACGAUGAGCAGCUAGCGAUGCUACAAGAUAAAUAUAAGUCUCGCAGUUAG